UUCAAAUAUAGUGUAAAUAUGAUUUAGCUGUACCUUAUCGAUAACAAAUUAUUCUAUUUACCCCUUUGGAUAAAUGAAAUAUUCUGAAGAAUACCUUACGCAAUAUCCGGUCAUUCUCGUACGCGAAAGAUGGCGGCGCACAUGUGUAAAUGUCCCGAGAUGCUGAGGCCUAUCAGCAGAGCAGUGCUGUUGGGGAGGGGUGUUCCCCUGUCACACAACAAUGGAGCAGUCUUAGCUGCAGCCGCUGUACAAAGAGACUUCCAUCUUUGUCAGGCAAGACACAACCAAAGAAAAACAUUCUUGGGGCAGUUCAUUGACAACCUUAGGCAGGAAAUGACCAAGAACAAAGAAAUGAAGGAAAAUUUAAAGAAAUUUAGAGAAGAAGCACAGAAACUGGAGCAGUCUGAUGCACUUAAAGAGGCCAGAAGAAAAUAUGAGAAGAUUGAGGCUGAAACAGCCAAGAGUUCCCAGAGCCUACAGAAAGGUGUGGGUCAGAUAAAAGACAAACUAUAUGAGGGAUUUGAGGAAAUCAAGAAAUCAGACAUUGGCAAGAAGACUCAGGAGUUGGGAGAGGAAGUGACAAAGAGAACCAGGGAAGCAGCAGAGACGGUCAGCAAGCAGACAGAGAACAUCAGCAAGACAGCUGCAUAUAAAACUAUCUCCAAAGUUGGAGAGAGUGUAAAGGAGGUAAAAGAAGAAUUUGAUGAAAGUUUGGCAUCCAGGGCAAAAGUCUACAGACCGCCAAAACAAUUGAGGAAGAGAAAAGAAUUUCACAUUGAAGAUUUUAUGGAGGAGAAACCCAUUGAAGCAAAUGAAGAAGCCACUGGUGUUGUCAUGCACAAAGAGUCCAAGUUCUACCAACAGUGGAGAGAUUUCAGAGACAACAGUCCCAUAGUUAACAGAGUGUUUGACCUUAAGAUGAAGUAUGAUGAGAGUGACAAUGUGGUUGUCAGGGCCUCCAGGCUAAUUACAGACAAAGUUGGAGACCUCGUAGGUGGCUUGUUUUCCCAGACAGAGAUGUCAGAGGUUUUAACAGAGAUCAUUAAAGUUGACCCAUCUUUUACAAAGGAGGCAUUUCUCAAACAAUGUGAGACUGACAUCAUCCCAUUGGCCACAGGGAAAGUAAUGGAGCAGGGUCCAGUCCUGGUCAUCAGUUUCACAGCACAACAGAUCAUGGUGGUCAGAAAUGCCAAGGGGGAGGUCACAGAAGGAGACCCGAACAAGGUGCUGAAGGUGAUCUAUGUCUGGGCACUCUGUAGGGACCAAGAGGAGUUUGACCCUCGUGCAUCAUGGAAACUCAUGGACCUGUCAGCUUCCCACUCCACACAGUUGUUAUGAUGACACUUUGUCCUGGCCAACUCAUUCUCAGAACUGUACAGUCUAUGUUGGUAGAGUGGGAGGGGGGCAUCAUGUAUACAAAUCUUGCAA